GUGUGCGAGUGUGUGCUAGUAUGUGUACUAGUGUGGGUGCCAAAUAAAAUAUUAAGCAAAUAAAUAUAAGCGACUCCGCGAGAACUCUCAACUCUACGCGACUCCCGAUGACGCAUUCGAGAAGAGUAGGGCAGAAGGUUAAAUUACACAAAACGUCAAAUCCAACGCCACGUACGACAGCGCAUUGUUCGGAGUCGCCAGUCCGAAAUUCGGAAUCGGAUAUAAUCGGUCGGGAUAUAAACUAAUAGAGCUCCCCGUAAUACCCAGCUCUAUCUCGAAAAAAAAACCAAAAAAUACCCAUAUAUAUUUGGAUAAAUAAUACAAGUUAAAAAGUGUUGAAAUAACUCUGCAGAAUCUCAAGCAAAAUAUAUUUCAAAAAUUUACUCAACCAGAAAAUGGGCUUAGCUCUCUUCUAACAGCGAGAGAGAGAGAGCGAGCUUGGGUUGAGAGAAAGAGAGAGUGGGGAGAGAGCGUCCUGUUCGCGAACUCACCACGAUAAAGUACAACAAAGGAGGAAAUACUUUCACUCUCGCCACAACGUGGCGGCAUCGAGAGGCAGGAAGCGCAUAAAGUGACAGACGGACGGACAGACGGACAAGCGGACAACGGCGCUGGCAACUAAUUCAAAGGGAAAACUUUUUGCAUGCCACAAGCAGCAGCAGAAGUAGCAACAGCAGCAGCAACAGCAGCAGCAUCAGCUGACUGGCGCAGGAAGCGCGGCAGCGGGACAACAACUGUGUUGCGGACAGGACAAGCGUCCGGUCCUGUCGCAAUCAAUUCAAUAGGAGCCUCCAAGCAAAACACUGGCCACGGACUCCGCCACACCACCAGCAACACACACUACAACUACUCAUACACACACAGGCAGAGAGACAGAGAGGCCCCAGCAAAACGGCAGUUUUAAUGUAUCCUUAGAAUUCCAAACAGCUCCAGCAGUGUAAUGCGCCUUGGGGCAGUGGCAUUCCAUACGACGGCGACCCCCUGACAAUGAGCGCAGCUGGCAACGACUAUGCCGAACUCUGUGAUCUUGGACCCUCGCGCUGGAGUGCUCGACCCUACGGAUACCAUUCGAAUGUUGCCGGCCUGGGCCUUGGUCCCACAUUGGGAGCCACACAGUCAUCCUCGAGCGUGCCCACGGGCGGAUCGGGUGGCCUUAUUUCGCACCACCGUACGGUGCCGAGCAGCUUCGAGGCGGAGGACAUUGGCUUGGCAUUCGGCAUGAUUAGUCCGCCGCCGGGCAGCGGACCCUACAUGGGAUCCUCAGCAGCGGCGGCAGCAGCAGCAGCAGCAGCAGCGGCGGGGGGUUCCCGUGUUGGCAAUAGCACCAGCUCGCUGCGCGGAGCCGGCGGUAGAAGCGGAUUAUAUUACUCGCCACCGGGCACCUCAUACACGAUCAUCGAGCGACCCCAUUCGCCGCACUACUACUUCAAUUCGGCGGGUGUGCCCACCAAGGGUGGCUCUCUGCCAGGACGUGGCAGUGCCUAUCUUAGCUCCUCACCAGCCAGCCACAUGGCUGCCGGAACGGCGGGCACAUUGCCCACCUCGACGGCGGCCAGUGGUCGCCAGCAGCAUUCGAGCAGCAAUGGGAAUAAGAAGCGACCCAUCUCGCCGGAGCAGGUGCUGCGGAUGUUCGGGGCCACGCAGUCGUCAUCAGUUCCUACGAGUAGCUAUCACUUCAGCAAUGGCGGAACGCGGGAUCGGGAUCGUACCGGCAGAAGGAGCCCGGCCAGCAGUCCGCCCUCCACCACCCACCAGAUCUAUCGUGAUCGGGAGCGGGAAAGGGAUCGCAGUGUCCCGAAUAUCCACGAACUUACGACGCGAACCGUGUCCAUGUCACGCGACCAGCAAAUCGAUCAUGGUUUCGGCAUUUGCGUCAAAGGAGGCAAAGACUCAGGCUUAGGCGUCUACAUCUCACGCAUCGAGGAAAAUUCGGUGGCCGAGCGUGCCGGAUUGCGACCCGGUGAUACAAUCCUAGAGGUGAAUGGCACCCCAUUCACUUCAAUCAAUCACGAGGAGGCGCUGAAGAGAUGUGUGCAGAUAUUGAAAUCGUCACGUCAAAUCAGUAUGACGGUCCGCGCCCCGCCCACGCUCAAUUCGGCCGCCCCGCUCCACGGCUUUGGUCCGCCCUCCCGUGACCCGAUGUACGCCUCCAUGGCACCCCCGCUCCAUCCCCAGAAUCAAGCAGCAGCGGCAGCAGCAGCAGCAGCAGCGGCGGCCGCAGCCUCCGGAGCGGGUUUGCCCUUCCGCCAGACCUGCUCCUGGAUGGAUCGUCAUGGUAGACCCGCCUCACCGCCCAUGGAGUACGGGGGCAGGCGCAGCGAGCGAAGGGAUCGGAUACGGCGAGUGGAGCUGCUGAUCGAGCCGGGUCAGUCCCUGGGCCUGAUGAUACGUGGGGGCGUGGAGUACGGGCUGGGUAUCUUCGUCACGGGCGUGGACAAGGACAGCGUGGCUGACCGGGCUGGACUGAUGAUUGGCGACGAGAUACUGGAGGUCAAUGGGCAGUCCUUCCUCGAUGUCACCCAUGACGAGGCAGUGGGUCAGCUGAAGUACCACAAGCGUAUGUCGCUGGUGAUACGUGAUGUGGGCAAAGUGCCACACUCCUGUACCUCCAUCGAAAUGGAGCCCUGGGAUGCCUACAGUCCAACGGGUACAAGGGCACGCCGAAAAGGUCAGAUUGCCACCAUGGUGGAGGAGAAGGCGCGAUCUUUGCUGCCCCGUCAUCACUUUGCAAGCCUUUCCUACUAUAUCGCUGAAUAUAGUGCGAAAGCAAUGACCAUAGAUGCCUUUGUUGCCGUCUUAUUAGAGAUGUUAGAUACGUACGAGAAGCACACGCUAGUGACGGAGAUAAGGGAACUGGUGUUCCCUGAGGAUCGCACGCGAUAUGACGAGCUUGUCUAUCGCAGGGAACGCGAUCCUUAUAGCGUGGACAGGCACAGGCGUAAGGGAGACCCCGCACGUGAUUUGCCGGAAUACGGCUGUGAUGAGCACAGAACUCGCCGGGGCAGCGAAACCCUUUUACCGGAAUACGAACAAGAUACGGAACAGGAGUUGGCCACAAAACUCUCACGGAGUUUCGAUAUGAAGGAGGAAGGCGGCACAUUGCUGGGCGAUAAAGGUGUACGAAGGCAUCAGUCCAUGCAGCGUCUGUCAGCGGAGCAGAAUGGUGGUUCAACGACUGAACAAACACAUGAACACAAUCCAAACGUCGUACCUGAUCAUAGAGGCAACUUACACAUUACAGUUAAGAAAACCAAACCAAUUUUAGGUAUUGCUAUCGAAGGUGGUGCUAAUACAAAACACCCGCUCCCUAGGAUAAUCAAUAUCCAUGAAAAUGGUGCAGCAUUUGAAGCGGGCGGCCUUGAAGUCGGGCAAUUGAUCCUGGAGGUGGACGGAACCAAGGUGGAAGGUCUACACCAUCAGGAGGUCGCUCGACUGAUAGCCGAAUGCUUUGCUAAUCGUGAAAAGGCUGAAAUAACCUUCUUAGUUGUCGAAGCAAAAAAAUCAAAUUUGGAACCGAAGCCCACGGCGCUGAUAUUUUUAGAAGCCUAACAUUUGCUUGCCCUGCCGGCCAGUGACCCAUUGGAACGCCAGAAGCUGGAGUUCCUCUACGAAUGGGGCAUCGAUUUAACGGAGACGCCAAAACCAAUGCCAACACCAAUACCGCUAACGAAAGCCAAGAAUCCGCCGCCACUGCCGCUGCCCCAUGACAGCAGCCUUAACAGCCACUACGGCGGCAGUUCGGCGAUCAGCAAUCAUCAACCUCAUCCACAUCAGCAUCCUCAGCAUCAGCAGCAGUCACACACCAGCAACAACACCACCAACACACAAGCAACACCAACAACGGGAGCAGCAGCAACUGCAAACAAGCAGCAGCAGCAGCAGCAGCAGCAACAGGUCAACACCAACACCAAAACGAACACGCCCACAAAAGCAUCGCGGGAGGCAACUCCCACCAGGGAGCAGCAUCAGCGACAUGCCACGCCCACACGCGACCAGCCGCAGCAGCAACACACGCCCACGCGACAACAGCAGCUGCAGCAACGCAACGAGCAACGCGAGCAACAGCGCGAGCAACGCGAACAGCAGCAACACCAACGCGAGCGGCAGCAACAGUUGCGAGAGCAACGCGAACAGCGCGAGCGGGAGCACCAACACGAACACGACUACGAUCACCAAGGACACCAUGCACACGGACACCAUCAUCGGGAGCAUCACGACUCCCACCACCAACACCAACACCAACAGCAACAGCAACAUCAUCAUCACCAACAUCAUCAUCAUCCUUCAUCGGCAUCACAGCAGCAACACCAACGCUACAGCAGCAGCAGCAACAGCUACAAAACUCAUAAUAAUUCCGUUUACCAGUAAGAAGAAACCGAAACGCAAACAAAAAACUCAACAACAAUGCAAUUCCAGCGAUUGGAGCCACGAACUAUUUUGGAAACAUUCUUUCAAACUGCAACAGCAAUUCAACCAGUAAACAGUUUAAUUGUGCUAACUUUUAUACGAAAACAAACUUUAAAUUCUGCCCCCCCCCUUGAGUCCCUCAUGCACGCCUCUUUCUACACUGCAAAAAAGAAAAACAAACCCAAGCGCUUGACAAAAGAUAUCUGAAAAAUUGGCCUGAAUUUCGUGCAACUAAAAAUGCUGUAACAUUUUUAUUUUUGGAGUGUCUAUCUAUAAAUUACAACAGGUUGUUGUAAUACACCAACGCUUAACUAGGCCCCCCUGUAGAAAUGUUUUACAAUUUAUGGUAGCUAAAGAGAUGCUCUGGACCAAAAAAAGGAAGGUUUGAAUGAUUAAAAAGUGAGUUUUUGAAAAACCCAAUUUAUGUUUCAUAAGUUUACUUUACGGAAUCAAGUUUAAGAUGCGACUUACUCUUUUAGAAAGCAAUUUUAUGUUAAAUACAAACAUUGUCCAUCAGUUUAAAUUUUUGUGAAAAAAGAUUUCAAGGUUUAUCUUUUGUCAUAAAAAUAAGACCUGAUGGAAAAUGAUUUCAUGUUUAAAUUAAAGUUAUCUUUAUAAAAAAGCAAGUCACAUCUUAACUAACUUUAAACUUUUAUUUCAGAAAUAUCAAUUGCAAAAUUUUAAC